CUUCCACACUUUCUCCUUCUCCUUCUUCUCCUUUCUCCAACUCAUUCACAUUUUCAACUCUCUCUCUCUCUCCUCUCAUGUGAUGUUAUUAUUAUUGUUAUCAUUAUCAUUGAUUACAACUCACAGCUUAGAAGCUAAGUUGCAAUUCAACUCUUUCACCAUUUCUGCUCCUUCCAACUUUGAUACACAGAUCCAAUGGAAUACGAGAGGAUACAGAAACUUCAGACUGGAAUAAUUUCUCCAAGUAAACUAAGGAUGAAGUUAUUAGGGCCUAGGAAGAAGGAUGGAUCCAACAGUAACUCUUCUAGAACCUCCCCUUCAAGGCUUGAUGAUGCUGAAUUUGUCAAUAGCUUACUCUCCUCCAAAGAUGAGAGCCUUGAUGAUGAAGUUACAUCUCCGAGCUUAGAUGUUGUGUCGUUAAAGCCAUUGAGUGAUGCGGUGUUGGACCGGAGACAGAAUGAGCAGUCUUCUUAUGAACCAAAGGAGACAAUGCCUAGGGAAAACGGUGACACCGGACGUGUAAAGACACAGCAUUUUCAUAAGGUUGAUACCGGAAGUUCGAGCACAAUUCAUCCGAUGAGGUCAACAGAAGAUGAAAAUCUUGAUUAUGACAGCCAAGCUAGCUCAUCUAGUUUCGAGUUUGAUAAAGGAGAAAGACCGGCGAGCAAUCCUGUAACUAGAUCUCUUUUGAGACCUAUUCCUUCUAAGUGGAACGAUGCUGAGAAAUGGAUAAUGAAUAGGCAAAAUAUACAACCUAGUUACUCGAAAAAGAACAAUGUACAUAGCCAAGCAAAUCGCAUGCCAACAAGUAUGGCAAGGGUGGUUCCGGAGUUCAGUAAUUGUGAUCAUAAGCUCCCAACGAGCAAGGUGGCGGAAACAAAACAAGUUGAUUACUGUCAACCAACAUCACAUUCAAAUAUGGGAUUUGAGAAAUUCUCUUUUGUUCCAUCCGAUGCUCAUUCGGUUUCAGGUCAAGCACAUGGAAAAACUCCAGUAGUGGAAUCUUUUCCACAAAGCAAAGAUUUAAAGGAAGUAAAUGAAGUUGGUUUAUCUUGCACUAGAACUAUAGAUGAUCAACCAGGGAUUCCUGGUAUAAGAUCUGUUGCCAUGAGAGAUAUGGGAACUGAGAUGACCCCAGUGCCAAGUCAAGAACCUUCACAGACGACUACUCCUGUCGGGUCAGCAACUCCAAUACGCAGCCCGACUUCCUCAAUGCCUUCAACUCCUAGGAGAGGUGCACCGGCUCCAACUCCUUUGGGCAGCACAACCGAUGACGAUCCACAUUUUCCAUUUGAAAACAGCAGAAAGCAAUUGUCUGAAGAAGAAAUGAAGAUCAAGACAAGGAGAGAGAUUGCAGCCCUUGGUAUGCAGCUUGGGAAGACUAGUAUUGCGGCAUGGGCAAGUAAAGAUGACCAGGAAAAUAGAAAAUCAUCUGCUCGCGACGCAAAUGCUCGAGAACAGGAGAGACUCGAAUUUGAAAAACGUGCUGUUUUGUGGGAGGAAGCUGAGAAAUCUAAACAUACUGCAAGAUUUAAGCGCGAGGAAAUCCAAAUUCAAGCAUGGGAAAGUCAGCAAAAGGCCAAAUUAGAGGCAGAAAUGAGAAGAACCGAGGCCAAAGUUGAGCACAUGAGAGCCCAGACACAUGCAAAAAUGGUGAAAAAGAUUGCAAUGGCGAGGCAAAAAUCAGAAGAAAAACGCGCAGCAGCAGAAGCUAGGAAAAAUAGAGAAGCAGAAAGAACUGCAGCUCAAGCAGAAUACAUACGCCAAACAGGGAGAUUACCCUCUUCCAAUUACAUUAUAUGUUGUGGCUGGCUGUGAUAUAGGUCAUCAAAAAUGGCUUAUCAUCUUUAUACUAAACCUUGUAAUUUUCAAACACCUGAGUUCAAGUUGCUUACAUAAUAGUGAUUGCUGAAUGACAAUGUUUACAUGUCUGUUUUUUCAUUUUUAAAGGGUCAAGUUGAAUUGUUUGCUUUAAUAUAUGCCUGCCUAAUGUACUAGUAAAAAAAGCCAAAAAACAUAGUACGAUAUGGUUGACAAAUAAAUCAUAAUCAAGUUCCUUAAGCAUGUAAUAGAGAGGGUUUGAUCA